GGUUUCGAAUCCCACAAGUGAGAACUGCGUACUUCUGCUGACAAAGCGUUCUGCGCAACACGUAUAUGCGGAUUUCGUUUGUGUGGGGCUCGAGUGCUGCUCUUCACAAUAUCGCAUCACUGUAUUGCCAUUGGCAAGAGCUGAACUUCCUAUCUGAUAGCCAAUUAGCACUGUCGGUGAAUAGCAAAAGAUUUUUUUAAAAUUUUCUUGAUAAUUCUGUUUAUAACAGUUUAUGGCGUCUGUAACUCAUUGUCAAAGAGAGAAAGAGUAACGUUCACGUUCUAAUUCUGUAGAAGAUCAAUAUAUUUUGUUUAUUGAAAGUUGCACGUGACUAACAAGAUAUAAUGGAGUGUGCUGUCAAACAUUCGGAAAAUGCUUCUAAUCCAGAGCGAGAAGCAAUGGUCAGCAAGCUAUAUAAUAUGCAGUGGCUAAAAAAAACAUCUCAAUCUCCAACUUGUGAAAAAACGAUUGUUUGUAAGCAAGUACAAGAUGAUAAUAAAAAUGACAUGGCAAAAGACAAAACCUUAUCAACAGAAAAUGUGACAUCUUUAGUUGAAGAAUCUGUCGCAUAUUGUUCAACAGAUACAUGUAAAAAACAUUUAUCUAGUGAUACAGUGCCAGAAAAUAAUAUGGACAUGUUGAUCAAAGAUACAGCUAAUUUGUUUCAAAGUAUUAACAAAUUAGUUAUGGAAAAGGACAAAGAAGAAGAAAUUAUGGAAGUAAGCGUUGUGGAAAGUAUUGUAACAGCACAGGUGGAAGCUCAAUUUGAUGCAGACAAAAAACAAAAAGAUCAAUCAAGUGUAUCACAAAGUAAUGCUGAAAAUAUUACAAGAACUGAUGACAAUUCAAAUCUUCCCAAUUCACAAAAAAUUGAUCAAGACAUUAAAAAGCCGAAUUUAACAAAAAUUUCUGAUGAUAACAACAAUUCAACAUCUCAUUCAACAUCUGCGACACCAGUUGUGACAAAAGUAAACGAUAAAGAGAAAUCAACUUGUAUCAUAACUGAUACAGAAACCUGCAAAGCUUCAACGGAAAUAAAGGAUAAAGACGCGCAUGUGAAGAAAACAAUAAAUGAUGAACCAAAAAUAAAUUUCAAGAAUGGAUGUAAUACUAGAAUGGAUAUAUCUACAAAUAAUGAAAAAUCUCCUACUUUUAAUAGUGAUUCUAAGAAACCAAUUCCCAAUUCAUUGAAAUCAUCGAGAUUUAGUGAUAAAAAUAAACAAUUCGAUCGAUUUAAUAACAAAACUGGAUUUACAAAGAAUAUUGCUUACAUAAAAAGACAAGAAUUUGUAAAACAACACAAUGUUUCCAAAAACGGAAUGGACAAAGAAACAAAGGAUGUAAAAUCAAGUGUAGCAAAAACAGAUCUUAAAGCAGAAUCUAAUAAAACACCUGAGACAUGUAACAGUAAAAAUACAAAUAAGGAUAAAAUAUUGCAAAAACAGCAAAAUGGUUCAAAACAAUUUGUAUCAAAAUUAAAAAAAGAAGAGCCUUUUAGAAGAUCUACAUGCCUACUUAAUCAAUCUAUUGAUAAGAAUAAACAACCGGAAAAAGUAACAAAUGCAUCUAAAAAUUCUGAUGUCUUAAAUAAAUCUGAAAAGAAAAGUGGAAAAACUGUUGAUGAGAAAAACUUUGAAGAUGAUCAAAAAAUGGAUUGUGGUGUUAAAAGAAGUACUACAUUUGUUAUGCAAUAUAAAAAUUCAACGUUUUCAAAACCCGUGCAAACUAAAAAUGUACCAAAAAAUACUGAACAACCUUUGACCGAUGGAAAAAAUUCAUCAUACACACGUAACAAUCCAAGAUUUUACAGAAAACGUACUGACAAUGCUGAACAUAAAGCUAUUACAAAGAAGGAAUAUACAUCUACUAAUCAAUAUUCAAAAUCAAAUAUGAAAGAUAAAAAAAUGUGUGCAAACAAUUUGGAAAAUGAUUCAAAAUGGCAUGAAGAUGUAAAUCGCACGCAAUCGUCAAAUGUAAAAUCGCCAACUAAAAUUGAUACAUUAACGUCUAAUGAUAAAAAUACAAUUUCUAUGAAAUCGGAGACAUAUUUAAUAGGAGAUAAAAAAGAUGUGAAUUCAAGUGUUGAACUUAAUACGUGUGCGGAACCUGAAACGAUGGAACAGUGUCGUAAAGAGGCAAAAGAGAUGAACACGAUUGAUAAAUCUAAAGUCGAUAUAGAUGAGCAACUUGCAGACAACAAUAAAAUGGAUAAUGACAAAAUAAAUCCACCUAAAUAUUCUAAUUUACACUUUGAUAAAAAUAUUGUAGAAUUGCAACCCAAUAUGCUAUAUCAACAUAUAGUGAAGCCUGAAAGCAUACAGUGCAUGGAUAAUGCAAAUAAAUUAGAAAGUAAUCAAACUGUUUGGUAUAACAACUCAUUUGAUAAUUCACUGUACAAGAACGCAGUAGUCAUGAACUCUAUGAUGCCACAGCAGUCCAUUCAAAACAUACCGCCUUUUAACGUACAACAAACUCAAGUUACUCAAGCAGGAAAUCAAAUGAGACAAAUGUCACAAUGGAAACCGGACCAUAGCAACAAGUUUUACGAUCAACAUUGUUCAACUAGCGAUAUGAUGCACUUUUUGCAGAUUCCGAAUACUUUGGAUGCGGCAUCAUCAUGUGGACGUAAGUAUGAAUGCAACGUGCAAACGCCUCCGUCGUGUGAAAGCGCCCUUCUAGAAACCACGAUGAAUGGAGAAAACCCGAAUUUACUGUACAAAUGCGCGCCGACUGUGCAACCGAGAUCUGUCGCGGCGCAUUCUCAUUUUCCCAAUCAUCCUGCAUCAUCGGAUCAGAUUGGCCCGUGCAGAUGGAACCCUUCGAUUCAGGAUGGUUUUUACACUGAACAUCCGUACAACACGACGCAACUUGCAACAAUGAAUGUUUACAAUCCCGAAGUUUUUAGUCCCGACGACUUUGACAAUUCGCACAUGACAAAUUGUGCGCAAUCGGUAGUUUACGCAUCACCAUCGUGUAUGCAAACGUGGAAUCCGCAAUUACAGUACUCGAUGUCCGGAUACUUUUAUAAUUCUCCAUGCGCGAACUAUGCCAUACUUCCCAAUGUGCCUAGUCAACCGAACAAUUUUACUGACGUCUGCUCUAUGCACGAACAGCAGCAUAAAUACGUUCCUUAUGUACAAAUGAAUGAAUAUGCUAGAAGUACACGCGGUGAUCCGAAUAAUUGCGCUAGACAAACAAGAAGCUUUGACAAUGUUCCAUUGAAAUCCAAUCAGUAUUACAAGAACAAGAAUCCAGAUAAUUGCCGAACGGUUUACAACGUUCCUCAAUAUAUAACGCGCUCGCGACAGCAAAGUAUGAAUUUCGCAACAGAUGUAAAUCAAUCUAAUCCGUACUACUCGUCAAAUCAGAAGUAUCAUAAGCAAAAUCCGAUGCAAAUGUCGAGGAACGUGAAGAGUCAAACGAUCAAGAUUUCAUCAUCGCAAGAUCUCGUCUGUGACGAUAACGGACCGGAAGUUGUUCCCCCAAUAAUAUCUCCGAAAGAGUUUAUAACGAGCAAAGCAAAUUAUUCGAAUAAGAUUGAUCAAUCUGCGAUGCAUACAUUCAAACCAGAAUUUAAAGCGAGACCGCACACGAAUUAUUACCCAUCGAAGUUACAAAAAUACAAUGGCGGCUUUCAAAGAAAUACAACUUACCAAGGUUUUUCAAAAGAAUAUACACCCUCUUUCAAUAUUGGUCGUGGUACACAUAAGUUUAAGAAAACAUAAGAAUAUAAGAUUCAAAAAUUAGUAGUUUACACUGUGAUAUAAAGUUUCAAUACAAUUCUGUUAAUUUAUGUUUGGAAAUAAUCUACUUAUAAGUAUUUCAUAAUUUCGAAAAAGCACUAUUUUCAAAGUUAUUUUAUAAAAUUGCUAUCAUACUUAU